UUCCUGCCUGAGCUCUCACUCUGACAAAUUGAUAAUGGAGGAGACGUUCGUCCCUCUCCGUGGAAUCAAGAAUGACCUUAAGGGAAGAUUGCUCUGUUACAAGCAAGACUGGACAGGAGGAUUCAGAGCUGGUUUCAGGAUUUUGGCUCCCACCACUUAUAUAUUUUUUGCUUCAGCAAUUCCAGUAAUUUCAUUUGGCGAACAACUGGAGAGAAAUACUGAUGGAGUUUUGACUGCAGUUCAAACCUUAGCAUCCACUGCAGUAUGUGGGAUCAUACACUCGAUCAUUGGAGGUCAACCUCUCCUGAUAUUAGGAGUUGCGGAGCCUACUGUCAUUAUGUACACUUUUAUGUUCAACUUUGCCAAAGAGAGGCCUGAUUUGGGCAGGGAUUUGUUUCUGGCAUGGACAGGAUGGGUUUGUGUUUGGACCGCACUCCUGCUGUUCUUGCUGGCCAUCCUCGGAGCCUGCUCCAUUAUCAACAGGUUUACCCGUGUAGCAGGCGAAUUGUUCGGUCUGCUUAUCGCGAUGCUUUUCAUGCAGCAAGCUAUUAAAGGACUUGUGGAUGAAUUUCGCAUUCCACAAAGGGAAGAUCCAAAAUUGAUAGAGUUCAUUCCUUCAUGGAGGUUUGCAAAUGGGAUGUUCGCUUUGGUUCUAUCUUUCGGCCUGCUUCUCACUGCAUUAAGAAGCAGAAAGGCAAGAUCCUGGCGUUAUGGGACCGGUUGGCUUAGAAGCUUCACAGCAGACUAUGGUGUGCCCUUCAUGGUCCUAGUGUGGACAGCUGUUUCCUACAUCCCAUCCGGAAGUGUUCCCCAAGGGAUCCCUCGCCGCCUUUUCAGCCCUAAUCCCUGGUCCCCUGGUGCCUACGAAAAUUGGACUGUCAUUAAGGAAAUGCUGAAUGUUCCCAUAUUUUACAUAAUUGGAGCUUUCGUUCCGGCAACGAUGAUUGCUGUCCUUUACUACUUUGACCACAGUGUAGCAUCUCAGCUUGCUCAGCAGAAAGAGUACAAUUUGAGAAAGCCAUCUUCUUAUCACUAUGACUUGCUGCUUCUGGGGUUCUUGACUUUAAUGUGUGGUCUUAUUGGAAUUCCACCAUCAAAUGGAGUCAUCCCACAAUCUCCGAUGCAUACAAAGAGUUUGGCCACACUGAAGUAUCAGUUGCUUCGUAAUCGACUUGUAGCAACUGCUCGAACAAGUAUCAAAAAGAACGCCAGCUUGGGACAGUUAUAUGGAAAUAUGCAAGAAGCUUAUCAGCAAAUGCAGACACCUUUGAUCUACCAACAGCCUUCUCAAGGCCUGAAAGAAUUCAAAGAAACAACCAUCCAGGCAGCUUCCUCUACUGGCCACAUAGAUGCACCAGUUGAUGAGACAGUAUUUGACAUCGAGAAGGAGAUUGAUGAUUUAUUGCCUGUUGAAGUGAAAGAACAGCGUGUCAGCAACUUGCUUCAAGCCACCAUGGUUGGAGGAUGUGUAGCAGCCAUGCCUUUCCUCAAAAAGAUCCCAACUUCAGUCCUCUGGGGUUACUUUGCCUUUAUGGCCAUUGAAAGUUUGCCUGGCAACCAAUUCUGGGAAAGGAUAUUGCUGCUCUUCACUGCACCAAGCAGAAGAUACAAAGUCCUCGAGGAAUACCAUGCCACGUUUGUGGAAACUGUGCCUUUCAAGACAAUUGCAACAUUUACCAUUUUUCAAACUAUUUACUUGUUAAUAUGUUUUGGCCUCACUUGGGUUCCAAUUGCCGGGGUCAUGUUUCCAUUGAUGAUCAUGCUUUUGGUUCCAGUAAGACAAUAUGUCCUUCCUAAAUUUUUCAAAGGAGCACACCUUCAGGACCUGGAUGCAGCAGAGUAUGAAGAAGCUCCAGCUCUGCCAUACAAUAUUGCUACAGAGUCUGAGCUGGGGGCUGGGGCUACUCGUGCAGGGGAUGGAGAGAUACUAGAUGAAGUUAUUACCCGUAGCCGAGGAGAGUUCAGGCAUGUGAGCAGUCCUAAAAUUACAAGUACUACUGGAACCCCUGCAAAUGAUCCUAAAAGCCAUCAAAGCCCGCGUCUCUCGUACACGUAUAGUCCUCGUUUAAGUGAACUGAAAGGAGAGAAAAGUCCUAAGGCUAGUGGAAGAGGGCCUAUAAGUCCAAGACCUGCAGAACUAGGAUUAUCUAAGUUAGGAAAGAGUCCUUCAAAUUCAGCACAAAAGUAGUGCAGAAAGUUUGGCUAGUUUGAUUUCUGUUAGUUAAUAGUUAGUAGCUUUGGAUUGCUUCUGCUUGCCCCCUUCCUUUUAUUUUCGGUGUGUUGUUUUGGUUGGAAUUGCUGUAAAAUAUUUCUCCUUUCUGCUCUUAUCUUUUAGAGCAUAUCUGUAACUUACAAAUAUACUAAUGGAUAUUGUUCUUUUCAGAGCAAUUUGUUUA